AAAUAUAUAAAAAUGUUUUCCAGACGCCUAUUCGUGGUGCGAGCUCUUGGUUCUUUGGCUCUUUAGUUUAUUUAAAAUACUUAAAUACUAAAAUACGUAUACAUUUUUUAAUUAGUUAAUUUUUUAAAAUGGACGUAGAUACAGCAAUCAUGCUUUAUGCCUUAAUAAUUAAAAAACGAAACAAAAAAAUUAAAAAACAAAGACUAUUGUGGGUACAUCCAAUUGUCAGUCAAAGAAAUGAAAAAGGACAUUUUCAAAAUUUAUUUCCUGAUCUCUUACAAUACCCUUCAAAGUUUUUUAAUUAUUUUCGUAUGUCGAGGAAUUCGUUUUUUGAAUUGCACGAUGCUAUAAAAUAUGAUAUCCGAAAAGAGGAUACAAAUAUGCGCAAGUCGAUAACUACGGAAGAACGAUUAGCUGUAACAUUAAGAUAUCUCGCGUCAGGAUGUACAUUAACAGAACUUCAUUACGAUUACAGAAUUGGAGUAUCUACAUUGAGUAAUAUCAUACAAGAGACUUGUGUUGCAAUUUGGGAUAAUUUAAAAAAUGCAUAUAUGCCAGAGCCAACGGAAGAAAAAUGGGUGGAAAUUGCAGAACUCUAUUGUAGCAUUACAAAUUUUCCUAACUGCAUUGGCGCGAUUGAUGGAAAACACAUCAGGGUAGUCAAACCAGCACAUAGCGGCUCAUUAUACUACAACUAUAAACAUUUUUUUUCGAUUGUUCUCUUAGCUGUUUGUGACGCAAAUUAUUGUUUUAUCGCCGUAGAUAUCGGAGACUACGUAAAAAAUAGCGAUUCGUCAAUUUUUAAAAACUCAAAUUUUUACAAAAAAAUGAUUAAAAAAGAACUGUCCAUUCCCGAAGAUUCAGUACUUCCAGGAGCGAGUGACUAUAAACUGCCUUACGUAAUUGUGGGAGAUGAAGCGUUUGGUUUAAGUCAUAAUGUAAUGCGUCCAUAUGCCGGAAAAAAUUUACCUCUAAAGAAAAGAGUGUUUAACUAUAGGCUUUCAAGAGCUCGUCGAUUUAUUGAGUGUGCUUUUGGUAUUAUGUCUAAUAAAUGGAGAAUAUUUCAUAGGCCAUUAAAUGUAUCCGAAUCAUUCGCUGAAAAUAUUAUAAAAGCGUGUGUACUAUUACACAAUUUUGUUCGUGUUCGAGAUAAUAAUUCAUUAAGGUUUGAGGACACAUUAUCAUAUGAAGGGUUUCAAGAUGAAGAUGAAAGAACAGACAACUAUCCAGGAAAAACACCUACUACAAUUCGUGAUAAAUUUGCUGAUUACUUUAUGGGCGAAGGAAGUGUUCCUUGGCAAUUAGAUAGCAUAAAUAAGUAAAAAUAUAAUUUAAUU